ACUGACCAAUUAGAGUGUGGGAAGUCCACGAGAGGGCGGUGACUGAUAGCUUUAAACCAAUCACAGCGGGCAGGGCGGGAUAUUCUAAUGAGCAGGGAACACCUCAAUGUUCAGCAAUGCGAGGGGCGUGAGGGGAAGACUCAAAAUUGAGAUCCCCAAAUAUUGUCCGACCGCAGUAACAGAGACGCGUGUUAGGGAAAACGCUCAAACUAAAUGGGAAUUGUCUCUUUUGAACGUGAUAAACGUCCACAGCUAUAACAGAAUCAGGCUGACGCAGAUCAUAUUGAAAGAUUGAUUGCUUUUGUUCUGCUGGGAAGGGUGAGGAGCAUCCUGCUGGACCUCGGGGUUCCUCUGAAGAUGGAAGAAGAGCGCAGUCGCAAUAAAGAGCGUCUGGAGGCCAGUUUGACGUGGCUGUGUGAGCUGGAGAUCCUGAAGCAGCGGCAGGAGAGCCUGGUCCUCGGUGCCCUGUCCCUCGGGGACUCCGUGCCGGGAUGCCCCGCUUGGGGUGAUGUGGGUCCGGCCCGCAGCAGCAGAGAGCAGGAGCACAUCACUUUAAGACGACAGCUGAACAAACUCCAGGGCGCCCCCAGCCUGCUGAUGCUGGCACUGCAACAGCAGCUCAGUGAGUUGAGGUUGGAUCCAGGACUCACAUGUGAGCAGAAUACAGAGGAGGAUUUGGACAGUCCCAGCGCUUCAAGCUCAGGGUUUUAUGAGCAAAUUGAAAGUCUGUCUCCUCCACUGCGUUCCUGUUCCUCCCCAAACCUCAGUGUGUCCUGUCACAGGCCCAGAUCUAUGGAUGCCUACAUGCUGGACUGGGAGGGUUAUAUGGAGCCCACAGUACAUGUCGCCAUGCCCCGCUCAUUUUCAGCCCCAUACCCCCCACUGGAGGGUAUUGCGGAGGGAAUAGAGGAGGAAGAAGAAGAUGAAGAAAGUCCUCAGUGGGUUACAGAUCAGAUAGCUGAUGAAAGCCUGACUCCAGAGAUGAGUCUCACUUCUGAUGCUGAGGCAGAUCCUGCUGUGAAGAUAGAAGAUGGCCCAACGGAAGAAGACAUCCAGCAGGCAAUGCGUGUGGAGACGUACAUCCUGGGACUCUUGCAGCGAAGGCAUCUCAGAUCUACAGCAGAACUCAGAUCUGAUCCCGAUCAGUGGCAUGACUUACACACAUACCCACCAAGUUACCCACAGUUUGAGUGGCAGGAAUGGGUAACUCUCUCUGAGGAAGAGAAUGAGCGUGAAUCCCAAGAUAGAUAUUACAUGAACCUUCCCAGUGCCCAAGCUGGACCAACUUCCCUAAGCAGUGAAGAGCCAGAAUCCUCCUUGGAAAUUGAUCAGUAUGGAGUCGAAGAAGUCCACACCAGCAGCAACGACUCUCCUAGGCAUCCACCGGUUUACAUCGAACGCCGUCCCACAAUGACAGAUACAAUGAAACCCCAUAUUCACACCUGCUGCAAUCACACCUACGUACCUACGUUGUCAGCUGCUGAGUCCCAUGAGCAGCACCAGCCCACUCCAUCCCAAAAGUGGGCUCUUCUUUGGUCCCUAGCCAGAAGGAGUCCAGAGGAAAGGUGGACAACUCAAGGAGAUAGCCAAACGAAGUCGACCACCCGCUCUCGGUCAGAAGACAAUUGCGUAUCUCAAGGGUGGACCGCCCAACCAGAGCACAAAUAUUAUACUGUGGGACGGGACAUGGGCAAGCAUCAUAGCGACGAACUGUAUCCAUCUAAUCAGCGGCUGUGGUGCUCCUCGGCAGACCUCAGUCAAGAAGAAGAUGACGGGAUAUUCAGAGAAGACGUUAAUGAUUUCAAACUAAAUCAGUUACCCGCCAAACGCACCGUUCAAUUUGUGGAGCAGGACCUGAGGGUGCAAGAGGCCGCUACUGCACCCACCGAUGGGUCCAACUCCAGUCUGAGUGAGACCUUCUCUCCAGGAAACAGUUCGGUGUCUAGUGACUCAGAUGAGAGCGGAGGGCUGGUCUGGCCUCAGCAACUGCCCCCUCGCUUGACCCCGUCCCCUUCUUCAUCCCAGAAUCCCUCCAAUGCCGUGGUCAAGAUUAAGGCCUCACAUGCGCUCAAAAAGAAGAUUAUGCGAUUUCGUUCAGGCUCCCUCAAACUCAUGACCACGGUCUGAGUCUGAACCAUGAACAUCUCUGCCCAUUUAUCCUUUAAAAUUCAUUUGAGAGCUUUAUGUAAUACUCUUACAUUAUAUGUGGUGUACUGAAUACUGAUUUCGGGUCCAAGCCUGUACUCUAUUUCAAAUGAGAAUACUGUCCCAACAGUUAUUUAUGAGUACUCAUUUAUGGCACAUAACUCACAGUGUACAGUCUCUGGCCUCAAAAAGUUAUGGGUAACAAUAUUUUAUUUAUUUAGAAAAAAUGUGUGAGGUUAGGAUCAUGUUUUUUUAGUAGUUCUACAGCAAACUGUGGGUGUAUAUCAGCACUGUUUGUUGCUUGCUUUUGGGAUCUGAUAGAGCAUUAAGACUUAGAAACUGUGACGUGAUGUCAGACUUAAACCAGAUAUAUACACUUGUUUUUAAUUUCAUUUUAAGAAAAAAAAAAUUAUUUUUUUUUUGCAGCAUCUUGAUUUCCUUAUUUUUACCUCUGGGAUUAUAGUAUCUUUCUUCGUGUUAAUAAAAUAUUUGAUGAGAUGCAAGGACAAGAUACAAAUCAAACCCACUAAGCGCACCAAACCCAUUACAAUAUUAUAUGAUUACAUGAAUUAGUUUGUACAAAAAAAUGAAGAUUUUGGCAUCAUUUACUUACCCUCGUGUCAUUUCAAACCUACAUGACUUUCUUUUGUGGAGCACAAAAGGAUCACAUAGUAUUUAGUCCAUACAACAAAGUCAAUGGCCACCAAAACUGUUUGAUCACCAACAUUAUUUAAAAUAUUUGUUCUGCAUGUGAAUGACAUGAAGGUGAGUAAAUGACAGAAUUUAUAGUUUUGGGUGAACUAUCCCUUUAAGAAUGACUGUGUAUGUUUAUAAAUCCCUUUCUUCAGCUUUAAGUUCUAAGGCAUGCUCAUAAAUCUUAUAUUUUUAACAAUACUGCUAUAUAUUGUAGCUUUCCCUGCUAAAUAAAGCCAUUUUAAGAAGAGGGAGGUAAACAAGAUCAGGAAAGGACCUCAAGCCAGGGCUUGAACUGUGAAGAGUGUGGCUCGCAAUGACGUUUUAACACUAUGUUCAUGAUGAUAACAUCAUGCAGUCCAAAAUGUCUGGGACUUUCCACAAGCAAACAGGAAUUACUAGGAACUCAGAGCAAUCUGCAGCAUGAAGAGAAAUUGAUUCUCAUUAGCUUAGCAUUUUAAAGAGGCCAUUGUCAAGACUUACACACAUGACAGGAUUUUCCUGGAGUGCUAAUGGAGGCAUCUUUAUCAGUACUACGUACCACUUUGCCUGCCAUGUCCCAGGUGUUGUCUCUAGUUUGCACAUACCUUAUCCAUUCAUAAAAAUGAAGUCAGCUUGAUGAAUAUUUUGUAGCAUGUUUGUUAAAAUGCAUUUGUAGUGUACUGAAAUUUUUCAACAUUUAUAGUAAUUGGUUAGUAUUUAUACUGUAUGAACUUUGAUGUCACAUAGCUUCUUUACUGGCGCCACCUAGUGCAUUGGAGGACUUGGGAAAUGUCAUUUUCUUGCUGCUACACAGACAAACUCCUUUACCUGUGCUGUACAGUGGAAAUAGAUUCCAGUGUGGAGUGUGUUAAAAUAUGCCUUUCCUGAAAAUAAUUCUUCACCAUUUCUGAUUUCAUGCUCACAGUGUAUUUUAAAGAUUUUCAUGUGGUCUUUGAAAAUGUUCCUGCACAUUGCAUGUUGUAAAUAAACAUAUUCAUAGUCA